AUGGUGCUACGAAUGGCGAGACUCACUCACGAUGCCGACUACGAUGCCGGCGAAACGUCUGGGAAAGUACCAUGUCCACGGUCCUUCCCAUGCUGCUAUGUGGGCCUUGGGCGACAAGAUAGCAUCUACGAUUCUGGCUCAAAGUGCCGAUGUGCCUACACUUCCUUGGAGUGGAUCAGAGGCAUAUACUCUCGAGUUGGAAAUGUUUGCCAAUUCGUUGACUAA